CGUGGGCUGCUGGGAGGCAGGCAGGGACUUGGGCCUGGGAGGUCGCGGUGGGGCGAGAGCUGGGCCUGGAGACACCCCUGGGAGGCAACAGCGGGGCCUACAGACUCUUUUCUCCAGCCGGAGCUGGGACUGUUCAGGUACUGGGAGGCGGGAUGUGGGUCUGAAGAGCUUGGUUGCAGAAACCUCGGGGUCUACAAACGCCGGCGGGAGCUGAGCCAAAAAAGCUUGUUUGCUGGGAGGCGGGAGAUGCAGCCAGGAGGAACAGCUGGGCCUGCAGAGGCCGCCAUGCGGGAGGCAGAGGCCGGGCCUCCUCAAGUCGGCCUCUCCAGACCCACUUGCAGCCUCCUGGCGUCCUCUCCGGGCCCAGCUCUUCCUCCCGGCUGCGUCUCCAGGCCCAACUCUGGCCUCCCAACAACGUCUUUGGACUCAGCUCCUGCCCAGCUCCCAGCGGCCCUGGUAGGCCCACAACUUCCCGAAGCCAAGCUCCCCAGGCCCAGCUCAGGCCUCACGGUGGCCUCUCCAGGCUCAGCUCCUGCCCUCCGAUGGCAUCUGCAGGCCCUAAACGGCCUCCGGUUGGUGGGCUCCUCUAGGCCCAGCUUGGGCCUCCCAGCGGCCUCUGCAGGCCCAAGUCGUCCUCAAGUCAGCCUGGAAUUGGGCCUGGAAGAGCAGCAAGUCGGCCUCCCCGGGCCCAGCUCCGUCCUCUCGGCGGCCUCUCCAGGUGCAAAACUUCCUCGAGUCAGCCUCUCCAGGCCCAGCUCCUCCUGCCUCCCAGUGGUCUCUUUCAGCCCGCCCAGCUCAUGGCUCUCGGCGGCCUUCCCAGGCCCCACUUUUGACUUUUGGUGGCCUCUUCAGGCCCAGAACUUGAACUCCAGUGGGCCUUUGCAGGCCCGGCCUCCUGCCUCUCGAAGGCCUGCACGGGCCCGGCCUCGGCCUCACAGCGGACUCUCCACGCCCAGCUAGCUCUCGCCUCACUGCGGCCUCCCGAGUCCAAAGCUCCUGCCUCUCGGCCGCUUCGGCAGGCCCAGCUCCCGCCUGCCAGUGGCCUCUUUAGGCCCAGCUCAUUCCUCACAACGGCCUUCCCAGGCCCCGUUUUUCCCUUCCGGCAGCCUCUUGGCCUCUAAUUUGUUUAUCUUUUGUGUAUAAAUCCCAAAAUAUGGAAUUUUGGAAUAUUUCCACCAUUAUAUAAAUAUUUUGCUGGGUAAUUUA